AUGGGUGACUUCGUCGAGCGGAUGCGCGCUCUGCGCAUCGGAGAUCGAUACCAGCUCGUGCAGCUGCUGGGUGAAGGAUCAUUCGGCAAAGUCUACCUAGGACGCGACGCAGAGACUGGCGAUGAGGUCGCCAUCAAGCUGGAACAUUGCAAGAUCGACCCUUCGCUCCUCGACGAAGAGAUCCGCGUCUACCAGAGUCUCCAGUCGAAGCCGGGGUUUCCCCGGGUGUUCUGGCAUGGCUGGCAGGACAGCUUCCAGGUCAUGGUGUUUGAGCUGCUGGGACCGAACCUGGAAGACCUGUUCUGCUACUGUGGCGAGACGUUCUCCCUGAAGACGACGUUGAUGCUGGCCGACCAGUUGCUGCAUCGGUUUGAGUCGUUGCAUGCCGCCAACUACUUGCACCGCGACGUCAAGCCCGAAAACUUCUUGCUGGGAACAGGCCGUCAUGGGAACACCGUCUACAUGACCGACAUGGGGCUGGCCAUCUAUCGACCGCUGGUCACGGCACGCACAGCCCCAGGGCCACUGCACUUGCCCAUCUCAUCCGAAAGAGCACCACGCGAACCGAGCUUGAUCGGCACAUGUCGAUACGCCAGCGUCAACGCCCAUCUCGGUGUCCCGCAGUCACGACGAGAUGAUCUCGAAGCAUUGGGAUACAUGCUGAUCUACUUCGUCACCGGGUCCCUGCCCUGGCAGGGCCUCAAGACCGUGAAUCGAGCGGAGAAGUAUCGGCGCGUGCUGGAGAUGAAGCAAACCGUCAGCGUGGACGAGCUCUGCCAAGGACUGCCACCUGCUUUCGUUACAUAUAUGACCUAUGCUCGCUCCUUGAACGAAGACGAUCAGCCGGACUAUCGCUAUCUUCGGAACCUGUUUCGCCAGCUGCUCCGCCAACAACGCUUUCAGCACGACCACGUGUACGACUGGACGAUCCUGGAGUUCUAUCGACAGGACCGCGCUGAGGCACAACCUCAAGACUGA